AUGAUAGAGAAAUCGUCUGCGGAAAAAAUUGCAUUUGAAGUUGAAACAAGUGAAGUAUGCGAAGGUUCUUCAAUCCCAUACGACCAACCAAGCGGUGGGUGGUGGUACAACCUCAAGGAUUCUUUCAAAAGAGCCGAUGUUGAUAUCACAGGUGAAGGUUUGACCGAUCAUGAAAAGCAGUUGCAAAAGAUUGAAAAAUCCCCGUUGAAGAAAAAUUUAAAAAAUCGACACUUACAAAUGAUUGCCAUUGGUGGAUCCAUUGGUACUGGUUUAUUCGUUGGUUCAGGUGCUUGUUUGCAGGCUGGUGGCCCUGCUGGGACUUUCAUUGCUUAUGCUGUUAUUGGUAGUUUAUUGUUUGUUACUGUUCAAUCACUUGGUGAGUUGGCUGUCGCAUAUCCUCUAUCUGGGGCUUUUUCUGUUUAUAACUCUAGAUUUGUCUCUCGGGCUUGGGGUUUCGCGAUGGGCUGGAAUUACGCUAUCCAAUGGCUUGUCAUUUUGCCUUUUGAAUUAGUCGUUGCUGGUAUGGUAAUUCAAUACUGGAAUGAUAAGAUUAGUCCAGCUGCGUGGGUUAGCAUUUUCUACUCCUUGAUUGUCUUCAUUAACUUCUUUGGUGGUAAAGGUUAUGGUGAAGCUGAAUUCUUCUUUUCUCUGGUCAAAGUUAUCUCUAUCAUUGGUUACAUCAUUCUCGGGAUAAUUUUGGUUUCUGGAGGUGGUCCAAACCACGAGUUCAUCGGUGGAAAAUAUUGGCAUAAUCCAGGUGCUUUCCGCCAUGGAUUCAAAGGUCUUUGUUCAGUUUUUGUAACAGCUGCGUUUGGAUUUGCUGGUACUGAGAUGUGUGCUCUUGCCGCUGCUGAAACCGUUGAUGCUAGAAAGAGUAUACCAAAAGCCUCGAAGCAAGUGUUUUGGAGAAUCACAUUAUUCUUUCUCCUUUCUGUUUUAAUGGUUGGCUUGCUUGUUCCUUAUAACGAUAGCAGAUUAGGCACAUCUUCUUAUAGUGCUAAAGCUUCCCCAUUUGUCAUUUCCAUCUCUAAUGCUGGUAUCAAAGUUUUACCAUCCAUCUUCAAUGUGAUUAUUUUAUUUACAGUUCUUUCAGUUGGUAACUCUUCCACCUAUGGCUGUUCUAGAACUAUCUUAUCUUUAGCAGAACAAGGAUUUGCCCCAAAGAUAUUCACUUACAUUGAUAAAAAGGGGAGACCUAUUCCUGCAACCAUUGUGACAUUAGUUUUUGGUUUGUUGAGUUUUCUUGCUGCUAGUGAUAAACAGGGCGAGGUAUUCGAUUGGUUGUUGGCUAUUACUGGAUUGUGUGCAAUCAUGACAUGGGGUUCUAUUUGCGCUUGUCAUAUCAUAUUUAGAAAAGCAUUGACUGUUCAAGGUAGAGGUACUGAUGAAUUGGCAUUCACCAGUAUUACUGGAACAAUUGGUUCAUGGUAUGGUUUGAUUGGUUAUUUUGGUGUUCUUGCUGCUCAAUUUUGGAUUGCUGCAUGGCCAUUUCAGUUAGCAGACAACAUUGGUGACAGAAUUGCAACUUUCUUGCAAGCUUACUUGGCAGUUCCCGUCGUCUUUUGUUUCUAUAUCGCAUACGUUAUUUGGAACAGGGAAUUUACCUUUUUCAAUGGUUUCAAAAACAUCGAUUUGGAUCAUGGAAGAAAGGCUGUUGAUUUGGAUGUUUUGAGACAAGAGGUCGCUGAAGAAAGAGCUUAUUUUGCAAGUCAACCUUGGUGGUGGAGAUGGUACAACAUUUGGUGUUGA